UAAGUGAACAUUGCGAGACAUAUUUCUGUGUAGCCGAUUCAAAUACUGAAGGCCACUUGGAUAAAGGCGGCGUGGACAGGUUUGUUUUACAGUGAAUAAAGACUGUGUUUGGUGGGAAAAUGCCGUAAGAGAGAUAUGACUGUUCGCUUAUCGACAUUUAAUCGACACAGUGAGACGUCUGCAAGAAAGCACAUCCAGAUUAAUAUGACAAGAAAGAAAGGCUCAAGUGAAUAUUUUCCUCCGUAGUAACAAUAUGCAGGUAUAAUAUGUAAAAGUAGCUCAAAGCGUCUCAAGAAGUCCUGACGUUAAACUAUCUAUUGUCCAAAAAUAUUAUGAAUUUAUAACAAAUGUGAGAAGAAAAUAAUUUUCAUCAUGUGCACAUGCAUGCUGCAAAAAUCCAAAGCUGCAGGUUCCAAAAACCAAGCAGAUGUGUCCUUGAGAAUACUGUGUGAAACAGCCAUAGAAUCAGAAAAUGUAACACUGCAGUUGCCAAGGCCGUUGUGCGAUAUCAUGCAACAAAGUGCUUUUGUGUGCAGACGUCACUUUGCCCAAAUAAUAUAACUCAAAUGCUAUCUAACUAACCAGGAGACCGGAGGGUAAGAACGAGGAGGAAACAGUUUUCUGGACCUUCCUGAAAUCUCUGAACACUUAUCCAAGUGCAGCCACCAGCUUCCCGGGCAGCCAUGGUGUCGUGCGUCCUGCUCGUCCUGGGAUCUUUGUGGAUCCAGUGCGUGACACAAACCUGCAGAGCCGAAGAGUUGUCCCGAGAGCAGGUCUUAGUAUGGUUCAGAGAGCGGGUUCUGCAGGGCCUGGGGCUGGAGAAGCCUCCUGUGCUCCCAGCCCAGGGUCCCAGUCGGGGCAUGGCAUGGGACGACCUCAGAGAGAGGCACCGGAGGUCACUGAGGACCUCCAGCACGGCCUUGGUGAACCAUCAUCACAGUCCAACAGAAGAAACGGCUCUAAUUAUUCUCUUCCCCGCUUCUGACUCAUCUUGUCCCACAUCUGACUCAGCUCCUGGAGAAACUACUCCAAACCACUUCACAUACUACUUCCAACCAUCCAUGAAAAACCGCGAGACCUUGGUCACUUUGGCCCAUUUCUGGUUCUACGCCGGCGAAGGCUUCUCAGUGAACUCCUCUCUGCCGCUUUUAAUGCUCACAUCAGAGCCGCAGCUUCUUCAGGCUGCAGAGGCUCCAUCGAAGACCAGCUCGGACGGAUGGGUCACAUACCACCUGAAGCAGAACCUGCGGGACUCCAUGUCCCAAGGACCAUUUGUGCUGCAGGUCCACUGUGCAGCCUGCCAGUGCCACGCCGACGAACCAGACAAAAUGCCCUUUGUUCACCUCCGCGCUCAGCCUCGCGGCCCUGCCCGGUCACCCCGCCGGGCCACCACCAUCAUUCCGUGGUCACCUUCUGCCAUCAAUUUACUCCAGCGCCCCUCUCUGGAGAGGCCACAGCACAGCGACUGCCACCGGGCAGAGGUCAACAUCAGCUUUGAGGAGCUAGGCUGGGACAACUGGAUCGUCCACCCGAAGGUACUGACCUUCUACUACUGCAACGGGAACUGCUCAGCCUGGGAUCGCACCACUGCCAUUCUGGGGAUCACGCAGUGCUGUGCCCCUGUUCCCGGGACCAUGAAGUCCAUCAGGAUCACCACAACGUCUGACGGCGGAUACUCAUUCAAAUACGAGACCCUGCCCAACAUCAUACCUGAAGACUGUACCUGUAUCUAACAAUUCUUACUAUUCCCUGUGACCCAAUCCCAGAUAAGCAGCUUAAGAUGAGUGAGUGAGUUCUUACUAUUCAAAGACAGGUUAAAAACCACAAUUUAAAAAAGAAAAGAAAAACACUGAAGUAAACAAGCAGCAUACUGGGUGCUGUGGCUCUCGCCUCUAGAGGGCAGUAUUGGAUGACUUUCAAACUGAUGCCACUUUUACACCACGUGACUGCUGCUGUGUUUUAAGUUUCAACACUGUUCAUUAAAUU